AUGGGAGCUGGACAAAUCGGUGGCAUUGCCACGUUGUUGGAUAUUGAUUUUCAAAAUGCCGCUGGUUUUCAAGGAGUACCAGCACAGUCGACAGAAGGACAGUUCGUUAUACAUUAUUUAUCUCACGCGAUGUUAUUCUGCGUGGGCGCACUGAUCGAGCCCCAUGUGGUUCUGACGCCUGCAAUAUGCGUUUUUGGGGAGAAAUAUAAGUUCUUCGUGUAUGCCGGCACACAUAGGUUCCUAGAAGGCUUAGGAAUAACGAGGCAGGUUCAACAUCUUUGCAUUCAUAAAGGUUACAACCAUACAGCGCGAUGGAUGCAGUGUUCUCCCGAUAACCUUGCACUUCUAGUAUUAAACCAGCAGUUUUUCUUUCACAAACGAGAACCAGGUACUACUUAUGUAUUGAACAGAGUGCGGUACGGUGUAACGGUGGACUUGGAUAAAAGAAUUGGUGACCCCACUUGCCAUUAUUUUGGAUGGGGCAGCAGGCGCAACGGCUACCUGAUCCCACUUCUGAUAGACCUGUUAAGGGUGGACGUCACCUUACUACCGCCGGAACACUGCCUUGAGAUGUGGAAUUAUAAAAACAAAUAUCUUUGUAUACAACAGCCUCCUUGCAAGGAUGACAUGGGAAGCGUCCUCGUUUGUUCUGGUUACGCCCAGGGCAUGAUGACGUCACGGUUGAUAGAUCGGCCUUGCGGCGUCGGCUUCAUCGACCUCAGUCAGUACACCAAGUUCCUGACCUGCGGCGUGGAUGACUCCCGGGAUGUGAUUGACCAAGACGAGUUCAUGUCUUUCGAUUUCCAUACAAUGAAACCACCGUCAACACCAGCACUUGCUACGGCCGUCAUUUCAAACGAAACAGAGACGUGA